UAACCACUAUUUUGGGCGCCAGAGGCAGAGGAUGGAAGGCGGGCGUAGGAUGCACCGCCGCGAACGACGGCAGACUUUAGGCGCUCCUGUUUUUAUCUCAGCCGUCCUUGAAAAUCAGCCGUCCUUGAAAAUCUCGCCAUCGAGUUUACCUUUGUGUCUGUACAUGGACGAAAAAGCUAUUUUACGUGGUAAAGGAAGUAAGACCAAACAAGAAUCCAAGGAGGUCUCAAUCCUGCCACAUUUGAUGGUUGGGUCAUCUCAUGUGAGUUUGACAAAACAAGUUUUUUAUCAAUACGAGAAGGCAGUUGGGGUGGAUCUAUGGGACUCACACUACGAACAUGAUUUUGACAUUAUCAUGAGGACAAAACAAGUUUUUUAUCAAUACCAGAAGGCAGUUGGGGUGGAUCUAUGGGACUCACACUACGAAGCGCACUUGCAGAAAUUGAAGGAGCUUAAC